CAGAUCCCUCCUCGCAGCAAUGGUCUCCACUGAAGCUAUCCGUACAAUACUUGGUGUCGCAGGAAAUAUCACUGCAGUCACAUUAUUCUUGUCCACAGUGCCAACAUUUCUCGUCAUAUGGAAGAAAAGAAGCGUAGAACAGUAUUCACCGGUGCCGUAUCUGGCUUCGUUUUUCAAUUGUGGUUUGUGGGUGUUGUACGGGAUGCCAUUUGUGCACCCACACAGCCUGCUCGUGGUCACAACCAACGGAGCUGGGGUCGCCAUCGAGCUCGUCUACCUGCUCAUUUUUCUCAUGUGCUCCGAUAAGAGGAAGAGGCUUAAGGUCGCAUUAAUAAUGUUACUCGAGAUUCUGUUUUUCGGCGUACUCGUCAUUUUGAUGCUAAUCGUUGUGCAUACGCCACAACAACGAUCAACAAUUGUUGGGAGCAUAAGCGUUGCGGCCAAUAUCCUUAUGUAUGCUGCACCUUUAUCUGUUAUGAAACUGGUGAUCACGACCAAAAGUGUCGAGUAUAUGCCUUUUCUCCUCUCGUUGUUUUGCUUCUCCAACGGUCUCUGCUGGUUCUUGUAUGCCCUUGUUCCUUUUGAUCCGUUCAUCGCAGUACCAAACGGGAUCGGAGCACUUCUUGGUAUUCUACAAUUGGUAUUAUACGCAACAUUCUAUAAAUCCACAAAACGAAUGUUAGCAGCGAGAAAAGAGAAAACAGAGAUGGGUUUGGCGGUAAUCGACACAUCCAAGAACCAGAACGGCAAUGUUGCCCAUUCUUGAUUCGUCGGCCCGAUAGUCAAAAGCCCGCUUUUAACAGGCUAGUAAAAGUGGACCAUGUACCAAACGAAUAGUAGUUUGAGUUUUUUUUUACUAUUGUAUUUGUUUCUAAUUUCUUUUUUCGCUAGCAACCAUUGUUUUCAUAAAAUAUUUGAAAAAUAAUACGAAUUAUGAGAACGAG